AUGGUGAAAAUAGCUUUAAGCUUGCUGGCUGUGGCCAUGUGCGCGAUAGCUUGGUCUCAAGCUAGGUCCGUUUCUGAAGAUGAUUUGGAAACGGCUGCUAGCGAACAUUGGAAAAAGGGUGGCGGAAAAGAACAUCAUUCCGAUGAACACUCUAAUCACGGAGAAAAGGGUGAUAAAGGAUACAAAGGCGAGCACCAUCACCACAAAGGUGAAAAGGGACAUCACGAUAAAGAAGGACACAAAGGUCAUUACGAAGAAGAAGGUGGCCACAAGAAAAGCCACCAUGAUGAAGGUGGUUACCAUGGAGGUAGCGAACAUGGCGAGAAGGGCGAAAAAGGACAUAAAUUCGAAGAGAAAGGAAGCUACAAUAAAGGUCACAGCACCAAAGGAGAACACAACGAACACAAAUUGGAUGAGUUCAAGAAAGAGAAACACUUCUUCGACGAGGAUCAUGACGAAGGUUACCAUGAGAAACACGGAGGAUUCCACGAGGAACAUGGACACAAAAAGGGAGGCAGCCACAAAGGUGGACAUCACAAAGGUGGAUACGACAAAGGUGAGCACGGCAAGAAGGGUCAUCACGAGAAAGGAGGACACUACUCAGACAAUAAGGGACACAAAGGCGCCGGUGGCCACGAUGAACACUACUCCCACCACGAGGAUUACGGCAAGAAGGGUGGACACAAGGACCACAAGGAAUGGGGUUUCAAGAAAGGAGGCCAUUAA